CCAGUAGUUCCCGCGGGCGUGGCAAACCCCUGAGCCAGGCCUGCCAGGAGCAGCAUCCUGAAGACUCCACAGCCGGCCCAGAGGAGCCGAGAGGAUGCCUCUAACUUAAUCCUCACCGAGCUCGCUCUUCAGGCCUGGGGCGGGUGGGAACUGAAGAAGCCGCCUUGGGUUUGCCUGGACUCUGGGAAAGGCCAGCGGGAGCAGGCUUUGGGCAGGAAGCCGAACCCCCGGGGAGCUGGGGACCGCGGCGCCAGGCAGUCACAUCCUGUUCAAGGGCGGGAGGCCAGGGCUGCCGGUAUUUGGGCUUCCAGAGGCUCCCCUCCGCCAGCGGCUCCUGGGCCCAGCUGAGGGGCGAAGAUGCCUGCCCUUCACAUCGAAGACCUGCCAGAAAAAGAAAAGCUGAAGCUGGAAGUUGAGCAGCUUCGCAAGGAAGUUAAGUUGCAGAGACAACAGGUGUCUAAAUGUUCUGAAGAAAUAAAGAACUACAUUGAAGAACGUUCUGGAGAGGAUCCCCUGGUAAAGGGAAUUCCAGAGGACAAGAAUCCCUUCAAGGAAAAAGGCAGCUGUGUCAUUUCAUAACUAACUCUGGGGAGAAACUUCAUUGGCGAUGGAAGACCUUUCCAGUGUUUGGGAUACCCGUCAAAAGAUUAGGAAUGUGAUCUGUCUUGUCUUCCAACCCAGCGCUCUCUGCUUCACGUUUACAGUGCCAAAACUUAACUUCUGGAAUGUGUUCGAUCAACUAUAACUGUUAGGGAACUGAGAGGGGAGAAUCCCUAAUAACUUUAACAGCAGUCAGAUUAUCGACAUUAGCGUUUCCAUAGUUUAUGAGUGUUUAGAUCUUGUUCAAAGUGUUCCUGUGGCCUUGGUAAAAGGAAAAGACUGGGAAUGAGGAUGAAAAGCCUCCUCCACCUGCAGCUCUCCCAUCUAGCCCUGGUGCCCCCGGGCUAUUCUUUUGCUGACACAGGGCUACAUCCCCCAGUGCUCUCCAGCUCUGUGGAUGGCUCUGCUGUAGUUCUAUGGCAUUGAGGCAAGCAUUUGAAUUUCUUUCACCCAUUCGUCCAAGCUGCAGACCCAGGCUAAGCUUGCUUCUUUUUCAUCUUCUCCAAAAGAAAAAGUAUAUUUUGCCCAAUUUUAAUAAUCAGUUUGACUUUUCUGAUUUGGGAGACUCAUGAUAUAUCCUGGCUAUCCAUCCUUCAUUGGUGAUAUGUUGAGCACAUCUUCUAAUCCAUGGCGUCUUUGUGCAUGGUGUCCUUAGCUUUUAGCUAGAAACUAGAACACUCCAGGUAUGAUGUCUGGUCAAGUCUUUUAUGAAAAUAUGUGCAGUUAAAACCUCAAUGAAAGGAAUCUUUCCUCCUCCCCCUGCCCCUUUUUGGUGUUUUUAAUACUGGGUCUCCUAUAGACUGAGCUGCCCUGGAACUCACUGUGCAGACCAGGCUGGCCUCCAUCUCACAGAGAAUAUUGGGAUUAAAGGCUUGUGCCACCAUGACUGGCAUAAAACCAAGAUUUUUAUAGAUUAAUUCUAUUUCAAAUAGGUUUAAUUACUAACUUAUUCUGUGUCGUUAAAUGUGAAUGAAGAGCCCUUGUUUCUCCUCUAAUGGAUUGAUUCUCCAGGUAUGCCUUCCUAGCUAAGCCAGAGUACUUGUGCCCACAACAGCUUCCUGAAGUCGAUCAGCCUCCUUGCUAGGAAUUUCUGUUUCUUUCCCUGUUGACAAGGGAACAGGGUAUUUAGGCUUUUGAAAAAGCAGUUAUGUCAAACUCAGCGUAGGGACUAUUUCCUUCAGUUUCCUGCCAUUUUCCAAGUGAUGAUGUCAAGGUUACUGAGAGCCCAAGGAUAAUUUUAGCUCAAAGAAGCAUCUAGUUUGGGGAGGGUUUAAGAGUAGUAAAGGCAAAUGCCUUCCAAGCACCAGAGAACAACUGGUAUUGGGUUGUCUGUCUACUGUUUUUCAUUUAACAUUUAACAUGGCCUGCAAUUUUAGUAUCCUGGUACUUAGUUUUACCUUAAUAAGGUGGUCCAUUUCUUUAUAGUUAUCUAUCAAGUGUUUUCUUAUUGUCGUUUUUUUGUUGUUUUUGCAUAAAGAAACAAGCGUGUAUUCUGGUUUCUCAUAUGAUACAUAAAACAAGCCUUUACAGGGGCCCAAAUAGCACAUUUAUUCCCUAACUGUUAGAGAGCAAUGCUUACCAAGCUGGAUCCUGAAUUUCCAUUAGCACACCCAGCUCUCCAUUUAUGCAUGUCUCAACAAAUUAGUCAGCCAACUUCUGUUUUCCCCAGUAAAUACCCAAACUUGUAGGUGUUUCUACUAAAUACAUUUUUCUGUUUCAUUAUUGUAACUUAGCCAAAACAAGUAGUAUAAUAUACCUACCUUGUUUUUCAAGUGCUAAAUAAUAGCUUGCAGUAGAAAAAUAUGACAAAAAUAUAUUUGACUGUAUUAUAAAAGUAACAUUUGACAAGUAAGAAUUUAAACAGAAUUGAAAUGUUCAAUUUCUUUCAAUAAAAUCAUUAGAUGAAAUA